AUGGACAGUGAGCUGACCAGCGCCGACCCCGUGAGAUCGCGACCCUAUAGGAUGUCCCCACGGCAAACUGAAAUAGUGCGUGAGGAAAUAAAAAGACUUUUAGAUCUGGGAAUUGUAGAAAUCGGGCAGUCCGACUAUACUAGCCCCCUAAUUUUAGUGGAGGUGCCUGGGAAAGACCCCCGCCCUUGCGUAGAUUAUCACAAGCCGAAGAAAUCCGAACAAGACAUCGAAUACAGUGACGAAAAGCGUCUUGUGGACAAACUCAUGCGAGGAUAUGACAACACAGUGAGACCAGUGAAAAACGCUUCUGAUCCCAUCGUUAUUAGACUAGGAAUCACAUUAACUCAAAUUUUUGAUCUGGAUGAAAAGAACCAGGUGCUAACUACAAAUGUUUGGCUAGAUCAAGAAUGGAUGGAUGAUUAUUUGGGCUGGGAUCCUGAAGAAUAUGGAAAUUUAACGAAGAUCCGUAUUCCCUGUGAAAAGAUAUGGCUUCCUGACAUCGUAUUAUAUAAUAAUGCUGACGACUACACUCGGGGUUACAUGAAUUCCCGCGCAAUGCUGGAGCCCAGUGGGAAUGUGUUUUGGCCACCUCCAACUAAGCUGCGAAGCACUUGCCAAGUGGAUGUCACCUAUUUCCCAUUCGACGAUCAGACGUGCGUCAUGAAAAUGGGGUCCUGGAUUUAUGACGGCCUACAAGUGGACGUCAUGAACAGGACAUCCGAAGUAGAUUUAUCUAAUUACGUACCGAACGGCGAAUGGGAACUACUGGACGCCAGGAUUGUCCGCAACGUCGUCUACUACUCCUGCUGCCGGGAGCCCUUCCCAGACGUAACAGUCACUCUCGUGAUACGACGGAAGACUCUGUACUACAUGUACAACGUGGUGAUGCCCUGCAUGAUGAUGUCUGUGUUGACCCUCCUCGUCUUCUGCCUGCCUCCCGAUUCCGGGGAGAAGAUAGCCCUUGGUGUCACAGUGCUGUUGGCCUUCUCUGUCUUCAUGCUCGCCAUUGCGGAGAAGAUGCCGGAGACAUCCGAAUCGAUACCUUUGCUUGGUAUCUACUUGACAGUUGUGAUGGCCAUCACGUCCAUUUCUGUCGUAGUCACGGUCGUGGUCCUCAACUUCCACUACCGUGGUCCCAGCAGAAAGGAGGUGCCUCCCUAUCUCAGGGAAAUUGUCCUCCAGAGACUGGGCCAUUGUUCCUGCUUUAGAUCUUCCGGAAAGAAGGGGAGGAAGAAUGCCUACGACAACAGCCUUUAUGCACCACCGCCUUUUAAGGGUGAAGCAUUUCAAAUGACAAUAGACAGUCUCCAUGACGAGCUGAAAGAAAUGAAUCCUGAUCUCGCUUGCAACGAAUCCAGUAUGAGCACAAGUCCUCUCAGUGUAGGAGAACUUUCUUCCAGCAAACGUAGGAGUCAUGGGGUGACAUCCAACAAACCGCAAGUGAAUGGUUCGUCCCCGGCAGGUGGCUGUGGAUCUUCAGGGACACGAAUCCAAGAGGAGAUCUUGAAGACUUUAAGGUACCUCUUGUUCCGGCAAGAACAAGAGGACCAUCGAGUGAAUGUAGUCAACGAAUGGCGGCAAAUGGCGCUCAUUAUUGAUCGCAUACUAUUCUGGAUAUUUUUCGUGGUCACUGUUGUUUGUUCGUUAUCGUUCUUAGUCAUUGUUCCUCUUCACAGAAGAGGUCUAAAAUUCACUUAA